AUGCUUAUUAAAGAAGUGAAACGACGUCCAAUAAUUUGGUCAUCCAGUUCGAAUAAUUUCAAUAAUAUGAAUGACAAAAUAGCGUAUCAGAUCACUAAAAAAUUGCAUGAAGUAUCAACUGGUAUUUGUAGAUUAACAGUAAAUCAUAUAAAAAACGAAUGGAAGUGCAUUAGUAAUGAAUGUAUCCGAAUUUUGAAUAGAAACGAUGAAUUUAUACAAACAGAUGCAUCGAUUUGGCGUUUCGGUUAUGUGCUGAAAUUUAUGCUCCACGCUAUAACGGGUACAGAAGAGGGGAAUGCUUGUGCUUUAAUAUACCUUAAUAAGUUGAAUAUUUUCUGCAUAGUCCGUGAGAGCGAUAUUAUAGGAGUGCUUUGGCCUUUUUCAAAUGUAAAUAUUCGAUUGAAGGGAAAAAUUGAGAGAGCUGUUGUAAUCGAAGUGGGUCAACAUCGUGUUAUAGUCGAGAAAUGUAAACACCAAUCAUUCCCAAAAAAUUUAUAUAUGAUUCCGAAUGACAUGCUUACCGAAAUACAUAUGUUAUCUCGUAAACUUGAAAUUCAGCCAAUGUGUCACACUGGUUCUCUUAUGAGAAGGGAUGAUGAGCUAGUCUACUAUGAUAGCACAGCCUACUCCGAUAGAGAAAAUUCUGUAAAAAAUGCACCCAUGUCGUUGCGUAUGCCAGAUGUUGGAGAAAGCAAACCAUUCUCAGCAUUCCAAUUGUUAAUUCAGAACCAGACUUUUUCGAAACGACCUUUAUUUUGCGGCAUCUCUUCCUCAGCAUUAGCUCAUGUUGAUUCUGAGUUACACAGAAAGCGUGCGCUGUAUCUUCUGCAGUCCGAGUCAUCCAGCCGUAGUCGACCCACUUCGCAACGUCCUGCCAUAGCUUCAUUUACUGAAAGUCAUCAUGACACUAAUUCAACUUUUCCAGUUGGAUUUUCUCGAACUCCAACUAGAGUCACAAAACUGAUAGAAUGUUUGAAUUAUAACUGGGGCCGUUUAUGUCGACGUCUGGAUAAUAUUCGUUGUGAAGCGGAUGGACUGAGAUGUAUGGUUGUUGUUGCUAAAAGAGAUAUUGACAACCAAUUGAAAACAAUAUCGUUGAGUGCUUUAAGGCCUCAUGUUCCUACUGUGGUUCCAGCGUGCGGUUCUGCUGCUGAAAAAGAAAUGAAAGCAGUCUUGGUGCAAACGGAUAAAGUUUUUAAUGGAGAAGAUGGUUUCUUCCACAUCGGAAAACUUUAUGCAGAUGAGGUUUACCGAUACUGUCCCAAAGAAUUUGUUCAUGGCUUAGUGGCUACGUGUUCUCACCCAACGGUAUUUGCUCGAUGUCUUGCACGGCAUAUUUUUACACGUGAAGAGAUCAGCAUGUUAUUUUCGGAAAAUAUGACGAUUAGCCAAAUAAAACGGAUUCGGUGGAUAGAAAUUAUGAUAUCUGUAUGCUAUCCGCGCAAACAAUUGUCAUCAUUGUAUAAAAGUUGCUUACAAGCAUUGUCUGGAUUAGCCGAUUACGAAAACUUAUUGCUGGAGUUAGAAAAAGAGAACUACAGUCUUGAUAAUUCAGAGCGACGUGGUGUUCCUGUAAAACGAAUGCGUUCAGAUGAUGCUUGUUCAUCAAAAUAUAAGUCUACCGAAGAAAAUGAAUUAGAAAUAGAUUAUUUGUUACCUCAAACUCUUUCUCGUAUACGACGACAGCAGGAAAAUGCUGAAGGAUUUGCCCUUAAAGUUGCUCUCUUAUUGUAUAGUGGUAGUGAUGAUAUUAAGAAACCAUGUAAAGAAAAACGAAAUCAAGCUAAAUUGAUGUGGCUGAAGGAAAAGGUGCAAGAACUUUAUCCAGUAGAUACAGUGAGAAAUGUAAAUUACCAGUGGAGUCGAUGUAUCGAUGCAUUAGAUACACACGCAUAUAAACUGAAGAAAAUGUCUUCUGAUGAAUAUGAUUCGAGUGACGAAUAUGGAAGUUGGAAUUAA